AGCCCAUUAAACGCCUUCCGCGGCUUCCCAGCGUGGUUUCCAUCGUCCACGACACCACAUCUCUCCAGCGACGAGCAACCAGCCACCAAGAGAACCAGCACGAGCAGUCAGCCCGCCGCCCCACCCACACACACUUGCAACUACCAGCACUAAUUCGUUUUCCCUCAUAUAAUCUUCCAUUCUACAAAUCAUCCGGCACGUCACGCCCAGUUUCUCAUAGUUAUCUCAGUAGAGCCUGUUCGUUCUCUAUACAGCCACGAAAGUAGCAGUACAUCAGCCAACUUUGUCUGCUCUCCGUUUUCUCUGCUGUUCAUCAUCACACCCCUUACUCUUCUGUCUCAACGGGGUUGGGGAGCACACCUCGAUGGUGUCAACAAGACCUUCCCCUGCACCGGCCCGUGGCCGAGUUGCUUAUCCGUCUGCUGCGUCCUACGUCCCAGGAGACGCAAACAAUUCUCCCGCUUAUCCUAGUGCUUCUUCUCCUGUCAAGGAAGUCAGCUCCCGUGAAUCAGACAAAGAACGUGCCCAGGGAUUGAAGACUUGGUGGAAGGGCUUCAGAGAAAGGGAGGCGGCUGAUGAUAAGCAAUGGGAUGACGGGCGAGUCGUGUUCGGGGUUCCUCUGGAAAUAUCUACAAAGUAUGCUUCGGUGCAGCUAUCGACCAGCGGACCUGAUGAUUCCCUUUACGUCUGGGGUGUCAUCCCAGUUGUUGUGGCCAAGUGUGGAUUGUAUCUGAAGGAAAACGCGACCAUGGUAGAAGGGACUUUCCGUGUAUCUGGCUCGGCAAAGCGAAUGCGAGAUCUUCAGUUGCUAUUCGAUACGGGGCCUAAGUAUGGUAAAGAUAUUGACUGGAAAAGGCUACCAUACACCACGCAUGACGUGGGGACCAUUUUCAGGAGGUUUCUCACUCAAAUGCCGGAACCCAUUGUGCCCUUCCGCUACUAUGGAGCAUUCCGAUUGGUCAUGGAGAAAUUUACGUCCGGAGAGACGUCCGUCGAUCAAGCUAUUGACGAGUACAAACAUCUCAUUCAGUCGCUACCCAACGUCAACAGGUAUCUCCUGCUCUACGUAUUGGAUCUCUUGAGUGUUUUCGCCAGGCGCUCAGAUAUUAACCUCAUGACUGCAGCAAACUUGGCGCUCAUAUUCCAACCGGGCAUCAUUUCGCAUGAGAUACACGCCAUGCAGCCUCGCGAGCAUGUGUUAUCUCAGCAAGUUUUAGAAUUCUUGAUUGAACAUCAAAAGCAUUUUGUUGAUGGAGUGAAAACCACUUCUCAUAAAGGCAAGGAAAAGACCAAGGCUAAGCGGUCUGGCAGCAAAUCAUCUUCAAAGCAGAUGGUGCCUGCGCCUUUGGUCAGAGCAGACUCGGAUUUGAUGGUCCCCUCGGACUCUGAUGACGAAGCCCCAUUGGGAGGCUAUUAUGUGAUCGAAGGGAGGAUCAGAUCGCCUAUACCUGUCGCUAACACGACUACAUCCCCUUCCAUUGAGAAGGUCACAUCACCGCCACCACUUCGUCCAAAGCCAACGAUGGACACGUUGGAGCCUUCGGAUUCUGAUGAGGAUGUCCCUCCAGGCGGUUAUGAAGUACGAUCCGGUGAUUUUGAAGCUACCCGUGCCACGUUAUUGGCAACGUCGCAUCGUAACGUGGCAUCUAGAACAGUGAGCGAAAGCUUAGCUCGUCGGAAGACAGUACCUGCUCGUGUGGGUGUCGGACUGAGCUCCAAGAUUGGGAAGUCCAGGAAGGUGACCAAAGAGGCUCCAUGAAGUUUUUGAGAUCAGAUUGCUGUAUAUUUGUAAAUGUUGGCUACGGACGGAGUAUGUAGAUAUAUCUGAUUAGUCUGUUCGGCAACUUGUUUUCUCUUUGUAUGUAAAAUUUGGUAUCCAGA